GGUAUAUGGCUCUCCUAAGACGAACAUUUUCUUCUACAUUCCAUUUUCAGCCACAGAUUUGAGUCUAUCAAUAAACUUGUCAUUUUUCCUUAUACCACACUCCAUUUCAUGCUUACAAUAAAAAAUUUCAAACUUUUCAGCAGCCAUUAGAGAUUACAUAAACAGCCCACCAUGGCUAAUCUCACCAUGUUAUCAACAAGAAUACCAAAACUGAAACCCACAACUUCUGAAAAACUACCAUUUACAACCAAAAUCAGCACUUUUUAUCCCUUUUCAUCUAAUCACCAAUACAACAAUGUAAUCAUUACCCAUAAACCUAAUACAACUAACAAUUUCACCCCAAAAUCUGCUGUUUCUUCCAUUGAAGAAAGCAUUGGAACAUCAAACGAAUCAGAAGAUGAAGAGGGAAAAGAGAAGUUUGAUUGGUAUAAACAGUGGUAUCCAGUGAUGCCAUUGUGUGAUUUAGAUAAAAGAAAGCCAACUGGUAAAAAGGUUAUUGGUAUUGAUAUUGUGGUUUGGUGGGAUAUGAAUAAAUCUGAAUGGAAAGUGUUUGAUGAUAUGUGUCCUCAUCGUUUGGCUCCUUUGUCCGAGGGUAGGAUUGAUCAGCGGGGAAGGCUUCAAUGUGUUUAUCAUGGGUGGUGUUUUAAUGGUUCUGGUCAGUGUAAACUUAUUCCUCAAGCUCCUCCUGAUGGCCCUCCGGUGCACACAUCAAAGAAAGCUUGUGUAUCCGUAUAUCCAAGUACUGUGCAGAAUGGUAUUCUUUGGUUUUGGGCUAAUUCAGACCCUGAAUUCAAGGAUAUUCUUCAGAAGAAAAAACCUCCCUUCAUGCCUGCACUUGAUGAUCCAUCAUACUCCGCUCUAAUUUCAAGUAGAGAAAUCAAUUAUGGCUAUGAAGCUCUUGUUGAGAAUCUUAUGGACCCAGCUCAUGUAGGUUAUGCUCACUAUGGUAUACUAACUAAAAAAACUCCCAAAAACAAGCCAGUCAAAGGUGUUGAUAGAGAAGGUGGAAGGCCUCUUAACUUGAGAAUACAAGAUAUGGACAUCAAUGGAUUUUCUACAAUCCAAGAGUGGGGUUCCGGAAAGUUCUUCGCACCGUGUGUCUACUAUGUUUACCCACAAUCUUCAGCCAUCGACAGCGCAAAUGACAAUGGCAAUGGCAGUGGAUCGGUCUCAUCAGUUGACAGUAAGGCACAAGUUUCUACUCGGAAAAUACCUAUUCUGGUAUUCAUCUGUAUUCCAGUGAGUCCAGGAAAAAGCAGAUUAAUAUGGUCUUUUCCCAGAAAUUUUGCUGUUUGGUUAGACAAAAUUAUUCCCAAAUGGGUGUUCCAUCUGAAUCAGAAUUUGGUUCUAGAUUCUGAUCUUUAUCUUCUUCAUGUUCAGGAACGAAACAUAAUGGAGGCCGGGCCAACUAAUUGGCAUAAGGUUUGUUAUGUGCCUACAAAGGCGGAUGCUAUUCUUUCUGGGUACAGAAGGUGGUUGAACAAAUACUCGAAUGGCGGAGUAAACUGGGGUUCCAAGUUCAAUGGAGGCGCUCUUCCCCCAACCCCUUUACGCGAAGAGCUCCUGGAUAGGUACUGGACUCAUACAGUGAACUGUUCCAGCUGCAAUGCUGCAUAUAAAGGACUUAACAUAGCUGAGAUCACGCUUCAGGUGAUUUCUUUUGGUUUGAUCGGGGUGCUUGCUCUAACCAAGCAAGGAACGAUGAAUACUAUCCAACGGUCUGCCUUAUUCUCGGUGGCCAUACUGUGCUUUUUAGCCUCAAAAUGGCUGUCUAAAUUCAUUUACAAAAAUUUUCACUUUCAUGAUUAUAACCAUGCGCUAAUAUAGGCCUAAAUAAACCGAUACAUGCAACUAUACGAAUUGUAACUAGUAAGAAAAUUGUGAAAAUACAUAUAAAAGUAUGCCCUUGUCUCUGUCAAAAGACGAUAUGAUUCUAAAUACGAAGGUUAUACAAGCGAGCUAUUAAGAAUGUUGUGGAGUCAGCUUAUACUUCUCAUAUUUGCAUUUACCCUCAUGAAAAUCUUUAAAUUCGGCUUAUAUAUGUUCUUAUUAUCCUUUCCCUACUAAAAAGUAUAUGUGGGUUUAGCGUAUAUAUGUUAUAUUCCUAUUUGCAUUACAAGAUGAUGGAAAAUUUUGAGACAAAUACAGAUAAAGAAUACCAUAACAGAGUUUUCACCUGCUGUUGAUUGCAUACCUUAGGAUGUCUCCCUAUCCCGACCCUCACCCCCACCCCUCCUCGGGUCAGGUGUUUUGGGUUGGUUUAAAAUCGGGUUUUGUGUCCACAUUAGUUUUUAUAUAAUUGUAAAUCCGUUUUAAAAUUGGGUCAAAUCGGGUUCGGUC